AUGGACCGGAAUAACGCUAAGGAAGUAUAUAAGUACUAUCGCCAAGUCUUAGCUCCUUAUUUCAGCCACCGAGCGCCCAAUAUCGACGGUAAGCUGGUCCUUAAUUCGCUCCCUUCCGAUGCCAACGAUAUCAAUGAAGAUAAUAGCCCUCUCCUAGAUAAAGACUUGAAACUUAAGAGUCUUCUCUCUCAGGAGACUAUAGGGUGUGGGCGUCUAAAGGCUCUCUACUAUAAAGAUAUUCAGAUGCUGAUCGUAUGGUACCUGAUCACCGGAUGGUGUAUACCUACUAUAGCCAUUAAGUUUAUUUAUCACAAAGGGGCUAAUAAGAAACCCAAGCUAUACAUAAUCUUCUACUUUACCCCUACUAGAAAGAUUCUCUUCUAUACUAUCUCUACUAUUAUUACCCUUGCUCUAUAUAAUAAUGCCUUUAAUAUAGCAAGCUUAAUAGAUAUAAAGAGUAUCUUUAGGUUAAAGCUACUACUUGUUAUUCUAGGAGAUACACUAGACACUAUCUGUGACCAAAUAAUACACCAUAACCCUCAAUUUAUGACAUUCCACCACACUUAUCUUAAUGAGAUCGCUAACUUUAAUAUCCAGAAUGCGUUCCUUAAGGAAGAGAAGGAGAUAUAG